GCUGGGGCGGGGCUCCACGAGCAGCUGUGGCGGCGGCCCACUCCGAGCCAAGCAGGACCCCGGAGUGGUGCCGUCGCGAGUGUGUCAGAGUGAAGCGCUCAGCCAUGGCGUACGGCGGCCUCACUGUGCCCAUCAUCGUCAUGAGCGUUUUCUGGGGGAUAGUCGGCGGCAUCGUGCCCUGGUUCGUGCCCAAGGGGCCCAACCGCGGUGUUAUCAACACAAUGCUGGUGACCUGUGCCGUUUGCUGUUACCUCUUUUGGCUGAUUGCGAUCCUGGCCCAGCUCAACCCUCUCUUUGGUCCACAGUUAAGCAAUGAAACAAUCUGGUAUCUUCAGUAUCAGUGGCCUUAAGGAUGUCUGUCCUCUCUGCUGCCUUUUUUGUGGACUAGGUAAAGAAGAUAUUUCCUCUAGAUGUAAAAGCUACGUUGAUCCAAAGAUGCCCUUAACAUAGCUGGCUGGAUACCAAACCUGUUUAAUGCCUUAAUGUUUGUAUUGUGCUUAAAAUGGCUUGUUCAAAGCCCUAUAUUUUUCUCCUGGUUUCCUUUUACACUGUUUAACAAUGUGCCUAAUACAUAAGAUUUAUACCUCCUUUUCUGUGCUAUAAACUUCUACUUGUUUCGAUUACACUUGAAAUUAUAAUAUUUUUUUCUGGGAUAUGUGAGUUUGAGGGCAGCCUCUUCCUUGUCCUCACUGUUGCACAUUCUCCAUGAGCUUUAUGAAACUUCCACACACUAGACUGCCUAUUUAUAGUGUAAUACACAGGCAUUUUCUGUUGGACUACAAUUGCAUAAAAUAAAGUGUGCAACAAAACUGGUGGCUGGAAGAUGCUGCCACGUGUUUAUGGCAUUUAUUUUUUACAAUGGAUUGUAUUCUCGUAAAGUUUAAUCUUAAAUUUCUGUGUACAUGGAAAUAAAAUGAAUCUGCUGC